GGCUGCUGCAGUCAGUGGACGAUGAGCUGUGAGCGCGUUAGGAGCAACAUGCCCGAGGUCCCGUCCGGAGCCCCGGAGGUGUCCCGGAAAAGAGCCGCCGAGUCCGGCCCGCCUUCCGAACAUAUACCGAAGUGGAAGAAAGUCUGCUGGGGCAUUCUGACCAGCCAAGGAUCCUGGGCAGAUUGCUCCCCUCUCCAUGAAGCAGCUUGUCAGGGUCGACUGCUCGCUCUGCGCACUCUGCUGGCCCAGGGAUAUCACGCUAACAUCAUCACUUUUGAUCAUGUGACCCCUCUACAUGAAGCCUGCCUAUCUGGACACGUAGCCUGUGUCAGAGCAUUAAUAAAUGCUGGAGCUAAUGUAAAUGCUGCUACCAUCAAUGGCGCCACUCCUCUGUACAACUGUUGUGUUUCUGGAAGCGUCAGCUGUAUGGAACUACUGCUGCAGAAUGGAGCACACACACACACGUCACACACACACUUCCCGUCAGCUCUGCACGAAGCCUGCAAGAGAGGUAGCAGCCAGUGUGUAGAGUCCCUACUGACUCAUGGGGCAGAUCCAGACUAUGAGGUGUCCCACCUGGGCUCUCCUCUCUACAUGAGCUGUCUGCACCAACACACAGCUUGCUCCAAGAUUCUGCUGCACAGAGGAGCCAAUGUUAAUGUAGGCAUAGGUGGAGACAGUCCUCUUCAUGCAGCUGUCAGACAGGACGAUGCUGAUCAGGUGUCGCUGCUGCUCGACUAUGGAGCUGAUGUCAACCUGAGAGAUAGCAACAAUCAGCGACCUUUGGAGUUAGCACCUCAGGGUGGAAAAACACAGCAGCUGCUACAAGCAUUUGAAGUUUCUCCGAGGAGUCUCUACCAGUUGUGUCGUAUCCAGAUCAGGAAUCUGAUUGGUCGAUCCAGACUGAAGGAUCUCCCCUCCCUUCCUCUGCCCUCCCUGCUCACCCACUAUCUGGAGCACACAUAGAGGGCACACACACACACAAAGCAGUUGCUGCUUUUUCAGAUUAAAAUUGUUGAUGUGCCACACAUCCUUAUUAACUACUAUACAUGUCAACACAUCAUCUCUAGGGAGUUUACCAUGAGUUUGGCUACUGCAACAUCAUUACUAUCAUCACACAUUUGAAUACAGUUUUGAUCUAGUGCACACUGUACCCUGAUACAUCUUACAUUGCCUCUAUGUUGCCAUAACUACCACAGCCUCUCUUUUUUAUGUUUAUUUGGAAGGAUUUCAUAAUCCCGGGUCAGAUGAUAGUCUGACAGCUGUUCCAGAUGUUUGGCUCUUUAUAUUGGCUAAACAGAAGAUGCAAUUUGGUGAAUGCUGGAGUAUUUUUUCCAGUGACAUGUGCUGGCCUUCAAUUUUCUAUAAUUACAUGUAAAUACCAGUAAAUUAUCCAUGAACUCAGUGGUCUGUUCAGCAAUCUCACUGCUGGGAACAUUGAGGAGAAUUACACUGUUAGUUUGCUCUACCAGCACACGCCAGUAGCUGAAUGUAUCUCAGCCCCUCAUAAAGCUCUUUGUGUACUGUGUCAACACUGUCAAAUAGUAAUUCAUAUGAAGGAUUUCAUUGUUUGUGUAGGAAGUAUUCAGGUAUUUUAUUUAGUGUAAAAAGUGUUCUCCUUUACAUGCAAGGAAAGUGUAAGGAAAUUUAUGAUAGUAUAAUCAGUAAAAUGUUCUGAAAGUAUUACAAAUACACUUUGCACAAAUAAGACCAGUGUGACUGGUACCCAUCGGUAGUAUAUUGCUUCAUUAGUUUAUCACUGCCCCGACAUGAAUGUUUAAGCAGCACUAACUGUAUUUGUUCAUUCAUUGUUUGGUGUUUAAAAAGUGAACUAGUGGAAAUUCCGCUACCACCUCCAUAAUGGUUUGUUUUGUCCAAAUUUAAAACUAAUUGAAAUUUAACCUUAUCUAACCUAAUCUCUGAAAUGAAUAAAACACAUUUAUAUUUAA